AUGGACAAUAGAAUCACAAUAUGUGACCCAGAUGAAGAAGAAAUUAAUAAUGAAAUAUUCCGGGAUAUCGAACCAGUCACGUGGAUCAACGAUGAUCCGACUUAUGAUUUGGAUGAGAUCAACAUGUUCUUCCAUAGGGUGGAUUCAGAUCAGAUUAUAUAUGAAGAAAAAAAGAAGAAAUGUAAAUUUAUCGGUAAAUAUGUUAUGGGUGAUGUUCUUGGUGAAGGUAGUUACGGAAAGGUGAAAGAAGUGCUGGACUCAGAGACACUUUGUCGAAGAGCCGUGAAAAUCUUAAAAAGGAAGAAACUUCGUAGAAUCCCAAAUGGAGAGCUUAACGUUCAACGGGAGAUAAGACUAUUAAGGAUAUUAAAACAUAAGAAUGUAAUUAACCUUGUAGAUGUUUUAUAUAAUGAUGAAAAGGAGAAGAUGUACCUAGUUAUGGAAUUUUGUGUAUGUGGAUUACAGGAUAUGUUGGGAAGUACACCUCUCAAGAAGCUUCCAAUUUGGCAAGCACAUGACUAUUUCUGUCAGUUAUUGGAUGGUUUGGAAUACCUCUACAGUAAAGGGAUAGUACAUAAAGAUAUAAAACCAGGGAAUUUAUUAUUAGCUUUAGAUGGUACCUUGAAGAUUAGCGAUUUUGGAGUUGCAGAGGCAUUAGACAUGUUUUCUGAAGAUGAUACAUGUAAAAUGGGACAAGGUUCACCAGCAUUUCAGCCUCCUGAAAUUGCAAAUGGCUGUGAAACAUUUUCUGGUUUUAAAGUAGACAUAUGGAGCAGUGGAGUUACAUUAUACAAUAUAACUACAGGUCAAUAUCCUUUUCAAGGCGAUAAUAUUUAUAAAUUAUAUGAAAAUAUUGGAAAAGGUGAAUAUUCUAUACCUGAAGAAGUUGAAGAACCUUUAAAAUCUCUUAUACAAGGAAUGUUACAAAAAGAUGCAGAUAAAAGGUUUACUUUGCAACAAGUUAAAAAACAUCCAUGGACUAUAUGCAGGCAUCCUAAAACACAAGAAGAAGUACCCAUACCUCCUCUUAAAGGGCAUAAAUGGCAUAGUAUGACCGUACUACCGUACCUGAUGGAGUAUCAUUACGGAAGUGACGACAAUCCUAUGUAUUAUACUGAACAUCAACUAAAUGAAGAAAAACGGCUUCAAGAAAUGGAUAAAAUUAGUGAAGACCAAAAAAGUACUUGGAAUAGUCACAACAACAAACAAAAUUCACAUCAGAGUAAACGGAGAUGGCGCAAACCAAUUUCAUGUAUUAAUGUUAAGAAAUUUCCAUCUUGUAAGCCAUCGUGAUUUAACUCAUCAUACUUAUUUUUUAUCAUACAUUUUACUGACUAUGUCAGGUAUAAAGUUUCUCUGCAACGGAGAUGACUGAAAAUUUAAUAAAUAUUAAAAUAUGCUAGAAUAACUAUCUAGCUACAGCUCGAAUUGAGUAUAAAUUUAAACUAAUUCAAAAACAUUAAAUGUAAACAUUUGUGAUAUUAAUAUUAAAUAGUCGUAGUAGAUAAUUCAUUA